CUAGGCGGUGGGGGCGAGGUGAGCAGGCAGAAGUUGCCGAAGGUAUCUCCACCCGGUGGUCUCCCGUUACGCAGGGGAGCGUGUCCUGAGCAGCGCCGGCAGGCGUCGGAGGCGGACGCCAUGGCCACAACCUUCCGGGCGAGCGGAAGUUGUCGUCCCUCCCCGCAGGUCGGCGCGCCCACCCCUCCAGAGCAUCAGCAUAUCCGCUACAACCCGCUACAAGAUGAGUGGGUGCUGGUGUCAGCGCACCGCAUGAAGCGGCCCUGGCAGGGGCAGGUAGAACCCCCGCUUCUGACGACAGUACCCCGCCAUGACCCCCACAACCCUCUGUGUCCGGGGGCCACACGGGCCAAUGGAGAGGUGAAUCCCCACUAUGAAGGCACCUUCCUGUUUGACAAUGACUUCCCAGCUCUGCAGCCUGAUGCCCCUAGUCCAGGACCCAGUGAUCACCCCCUUUUCCAAGCAGAGGCUGCUCGAGGAGUUUGUAAGGUUAUGUGCUUCCACCCCUGGUCGGAUGUGACACUGCCACUCAUGUCAGUCCCUGAGAUCCGAGCUGUCGUUGAUGCAUGGGCCUCAGUGACAGAGGAGCUGGGUACCCAGUACCCUUGGGUGCAGAUCUUUGAAAACAAAGGAGCCAUGAUGGGCUGUUCCAACCCCCAUCCCCAUUGCCAGGUGUGGGCCAGCAGUUUCCUGCCAGAUGUUGCCCAGCGUGAGGAGCGAUCUCAGCGGGCCUAUCAGAGUCAGCACGGAGAGCCCCUGCUAAUGGAGUACAGCCGCCAAGAGCUGCUCAGGAAGGACCGUCUGGUCCUAACCAGUGAGCACUGGUUAGUGCUGGUCCCCUUCUGGGCGGUGUGGCCCUUCCAGACACUACUGCUGCCCCGUCGGCAUGUGCGGCGGCUGCCUGAGCUGACCCCGGCUGAGCGUGACGAUCUAGCCUCCAUCAUGAAGAAGCUCUUGACCAAGUAUGACAACCUAUUUGAGACAUCCUUUCCCUACUCCAUGGGCUGGCAUGGGGCUCCCAUGGGAUCAGAGGCUGGAGCCAACUGGGACCACUGGCAGCUACAUGCUCAUUAUUAUCCUCCACUCCUGCGCUCUGCCACAGUCCGGAAAUUCAUGGUUGGCUAUGAAAUGCUUGCCCAGGCCCAGAGGGACCUCACCCCUGAGCAGGCUGCAGAGAGACUAAGGGCGCUUCCUGAGGUUCAUUACUGCCUGGGGCAGAAGGACAGGGAGACAGCAACCAUCGCCUGACCACACUGACCACAGGGCCUUCUGCCUGAGAGAACUAGGGCCUAGGGUUUGGGCAGAUGUGGGAUCAAUAAAACUGUGCUUCUCAAACUUUAAUCACAUAUUCUAACACCA